AUGCCUAGAAUCACCGCUCCCGUCUCAAAGCUCACUCGCUCUCUGGCUGAGUCUCAGCGCCAUGCCGGUAUCGCUCUCAUGCCCAAGUAUGCCGAGCUCCUCGGAGCUUCUUCAGAGCAGUCCCAGCACUCUGAGUCCUUGCAGUCCCGUGGUCUAAAGACUACCCACCGCCCUACUCCUCAGCCAUCUCUUUCUGGUCGCCGAAGGCCACUGAUGCAAAGCUUCCAUUCCUCAACACCUUCUCGCGCUCCUGUCAACCACGUCGACAGCACAGUCUUGCCCAAGAUUCACGCUACCCCCAACUUCAAUGAGCCUCUCCCUCGUAUGCCUCUUCUCCCUGACAACUAUGGCGCCUACCACAGCUCAAUGUCCGAUGCCGCCGACUUGUAUAGCAAGCGGCCCGUCAUCUUCGCUGUUGACCCUGAUGUCGUCGUUCCCGGUGCUCCCAUGGCUACCAUGGAUGCCAUCAACAUGGACAGCGUCGACGUCAAGUUUGUUCAUGAGCAGCCUGCUCAGGAACCAAAGGCAGACGACUCUGACCGAAGUACCUUUCUCAAAGACGUCUUCGGCGGCAUGAUUCAAGAUAUUCUUCCUGGACGCACGCUCAGCAAAAAUUAA